CGGGGCUAUGGGCCUCCAUUAUUUGUAACUAGCUCUAGGAAAAAAAUCCAUAGAGGGAGGAUCGGGCUGAGCUGUGGAUGCAGAUAUUGUGCGGCUCGUGCGGUGCUGCAGGCGCUCCCCAGCGUGAAAUAUUUAUCUAUGAGGAUUGGAGAAACACUAGAGAAAAGAAUAUAUUGACACCGGUACAGAUCACGUUCUGCACACUACAUCAUAAAUACAUUCCAACAUGUUCAACUUAAUGAAAAAAGAUAAGGACAGAGAUGGAGUCAGAAAGGACAAAAAGAAAGAAAAGAAGGAGAGAAUGUCUGCAGCGGAGCUAAAGAGCCUGGAGGAGAUGAGCAUGAGAAGAGGCUUUUUUAACCUUAAUCGUUCCUCAAAGAGGGACUCCAAGACCAAACUGGAAAUAUCUAAUCCUAUACCUAUUAAGGUAGCUAGUAGCUCUGAACUUAACCUCACCGACAUUGACUCGGACAAUGUCAGCAAUAGAGGAAGCAUCUUCUAUGACUCUGGACACCUCAGUACUGCCAGCUCCAGCGAUGACUUGAAGACUGAGGAGAACAACUUCAAAGGUAGUGUUCUCCAGCGAGCUGCUAAGUUUGGGUCUCUGGCCAAGCAGAAUUCUUCUGGAGUGGCUCAAAUGGUCAAACGAUUCUCCUUCUCCCAGAAGAGCAAAGAUGAGAGUCAGUCUGAAACCUCUACUCCAUCUGAAAACUCUGCUGCUCCUUCACCACAGGUUGAAAUCAGAGCUUUUGAAACCCAACUUAAUACAUACUCUGUGCCUUCAGUGCAGGUAAUACCACCAAGCAAUAAUCAACCUGUUGUCAAAAUUCCAGAACUAGUAGCGAAGACCUUUCCAGCUGAUCUGCGGUUACCUUCUGUGCUUCCACCUCAGGCACCUGUGCCAAGAGAAUUGGUGCUACAGAGGAGAAACACUGGAGACUUUGGCUUCUCAUUACGUAGGACAACCAUGUUGGAUAGGGCUUCUGAUGGACAAGUAUAUAGAAGGGUUGUCCACUUUGCAGAACCUGGUGCUGGCACUAAAGAUCUUGCCUUGGGAUUGGUUCCAGGUGACCGACUGGUAGAAAUCAAUGGACGUAAUGUGGAGAAUAAAUCUCGUGAUGAAAUUGUAGAGAUGAUCCGCCAGUCUGGAGAUACAGUAAGGCUAAAGGUUCAGCCCAUCCCUGAACUGAGUGAACUAAGUAGAAGCUGGUUGAGGAGUAGUAAAGGACUACGAAAAGAGGCUUAUGAUGCUACAAGUCCUGUAUCCCAGCAGACCGCGCCAGAGGAAGCCCAGAAACGUCUGGAGAGGAUCUUCAUGGCAUCUCUGGAACCAGCAGCCUCUUCUUCCUCUGCACUGAGCCAGUCGGCCUUUCAGGGUCCCACUGAAGAAGCCUCAGCUUUGUCUCUGAGCUCGCCCAAUGCUCUGCCUCAGGCCAAGACCGAGGAGCAGAUCUCUGCAGAGCAGAAUUGGUAUGAGACUGAGAAGGUGUGGCUGGUUCACAAAGAUGGAUUCUCUCUGGCGAAUAAGCUGAAUUCAGAAAACGGCGAUCUACCUGAAGGAAAAGUGAAAAUUCGACUGGAGAAUGAUGGGACUCUACUGGAUGUGGAUGAGGAUGAUGUGGAAAAAGCGAACCCACCGUCUCAUGAUCGGGUGGAAGACUUGGCUUCACUAGUUUAUCUGAAUGAAUCCAGCGUACUGCACACACUGCGACAACGAUAUGGAGGGAACUUGCUUCACACGUUUGCCGGACCAGCUAUGGUUAUUAUGAAUCCCAUGAGUUCUCCUUCUAUAUAUUCUGAGAAGGUGAUGCACAUGUUCAAAGGAUGUCGCAGAGAAGACACAUCGCCUCACAUAUAUGGCGUGGCCCAGGCUGCAUACUGGAAUAUGCUCAUGACUCGGCAGGAUCAGUCUAUAGUCUUACUGGGUAGCAGUGGUUCCGGCAAAACGACAAGCUGCCAGCAUGUUAUCCAGUACCUGGCCACAGUGUCUGGUAGCACGGGAAAGAUCUUUUCAGCUGAAAAAUGGCAAGCUGUAUAUACCAUCCUGGAAGCCUUUGGCAAUAGUGGCUCAAGUCUGAAUGGAAAUUCCACACGGUUCUCGCAAAUCAUUUCAUUGGACUUUGACCAGGCUGGGCAGGUGGCUUCAGCAACUAUACAGACUAUGCUUUUGGAGAAACUCAGAGUGGCUAGACGUCCAGAAAAUGAAGUAACAUUUAAUGUCUUUUACUACCUCUUGGCCGGUGCAGACAGCACACUCCGGACAGAGCUUCAUCUCAACCACUUGGCAGAAAACAAUGUGUUUGGCAUUACGUCAAAGGGCGAAGACAAGCAGAAGUCAGCACAGCUGUUCAGCAAACUGCAGGCAGCUAUGAAAAUCCUGGGCAUCUCCACUGAGGAGCAAAAGGCUUUUUGGUUAAUACUUGGAGCAAUUUACCACCUGGGAUCUGCUGGAGCCACCAAAGAAGCAGAUGAAGCUGGCAGAAAGCAGUUUGCCCGGCACGAGUGGGCACAGAAAGCUGCAUAUCUCCUGGGCUGCUCUCUGGAAGAACUUUCCUCAUCAAUAUUCAAGCACCAACCUAAAACCAGUGGCCUGCAGAAAUCGACCUCCUUCCGUCAAGGACUGGAUGAUGCAAGCCAAGGAGAUGGACCAGGUUCUAAGUUGUCUGCUUUGGAGUGCUUGGAAGGGAUGGCCUCCGGAUUGUACUCUGAGCUGUUUACACUGCUCAUCUCGCUGCUAAACAGAGCCUUGAAAUCCAGCCAGCAUUCCCUUUGCUCCAUCAUGAUUGUAGACACCCCAGGCUUCCAGAACCCAGAGCUGGUCAAACAGGGACGCGGUGCUACUUUUGAGGAGCUUUGUCACAACUAUGCACAGGAGAGGCUACAAGCACUGUUUCAUGAGAAGACUUUUGCCCAGGAACUUGAGAGAUACAAAGAGGAAAAUAUAGAGCUUGCUUUAGAUGAAAUUGAGUCCAGUACAUCUGGCUCAGUAGCUGCUGUAGACCAAGCGUCGCAUCAAACACUGGUAAGGACCCUUGCGAGGACUGACGAGGCCAGAGGUCUUUUGUGGUUACUGGAAGAAGAAGCAUUGCAGCCUGGUGGCAAUGAGAACAGCCUUUUGGAACGACUGUUUACUUACUAUGGACCUCAGGAAGGAGAAGAGAGUGGUAAGAAACCAUUACUCCGAAGCAAUAAAGAACAUCACUUCAUGCUGGGGCACUCCUAUGGCACGAACUGGGUGGAAUAUGACGCAACCGGAUGGUUAAACUAUGUCAAACAAAACCCAGCCUCUCAAAAUGCUGCUAGUUUGCUGCAAGAUUCCCAGAAGAAAAUAAUUAGCAGCUUAUUUGCUGGCAGAGCAGGCACAGCGACAGUCUUAUCGGGUUCAGUAGCUGGCCUGGAGGGGGGGUCCCAGCUGGCCCUCCGCAGAGCAACCAGCAUGCGAAAGACAUUUACGACUGGCGUGGCAGCUGUGAAGAAGAAGUCACUGUGUAUUCAAAUUAAACUUCAAGUAGAUGCUCUGAUUGAUACCAUUAAGAAGUCCAAAAUUCACUUUGUCCACUGCUUUCUGCCUAAAGCUGAGUCAUUUACCAGUGGGGCUCGGCUGGUACCAGCUGCACGAGUUGGCUCCAGUGAGUCAGAUCUGUCAGGUGAACGUUGUGAUGCAGAGCUUAUGCAAGUCGACGUCCCUCUGUUGCGAGCUCAGGUCCGAGGGUCCCGCGUUCUGGAUGCUCUUCGCAUGUAUAGACAAGGUUAUCCUGAUCACAUGGUCUUUUGCGAAUUCAGGAGACAGUUUGAUGUCUUAGUUCCUCACCUUACAAAGAAGCAUGGUCGCAACUAUAUUGUCACAGAUGAAAAGAGGGCUGUAGAAGAACUUCUAGAAUCCCUGGAUCUGGAGAAGAGCAGUUAUCAUAUGGGUCUGAGCCGGGUUUUCUUCCGAGCAGGCACAUUAACAAAACUUGAAGAACAGAGGGAUGAGCAGACCCGUAAGAACCUCAUAUUCUUCCAGGCCGCGUGCAGAGGUUACCUGGGCCGCCAGCAGUUCAAAAAGAGAAAGAUCCAAGAGCUUGCUAUUCGCUGCAUCCAGAAAAACAUCAAUAAGAACAAAGGUGUAAAAGACUGGCUGUGGUGGAAACUGUUCACUACUGUCCGACCCCUGAUAGAGGUGCAGCUCACAGAAGACCAAAUCCGGGGCAAAGACGAGGAGAUACAACAAUUGAAAAGCCGGUUGGAAAAAGUGGAGAAAGAGAGGAAUGAGCAGCGACUGAACAACGACCGCUUGGAUAGCAGGAUCACAGAACUGAAUUCUGAGCUCACAGACGAGAGAAACACAGGAGAAUCUGCCUCCCAGCUACUGGAGUCAGAGACUGCUGAGAGGCUGCGUGUUGAGAAGGACAUGAAGGAUCUGCAGGCCAAAUAUGAAGCCCUUAAAAAGCAGAUGGAGUCCAUGGAAGUGGAGGUAAUGGAGGCCAGACUGAUUCGUGCAGCAGAGCUAAAUGGAGAGAUGGAUGAUGAUGAUUCUGGAGGAGAAUGGCGGCUGAAGUAUGAGCGAUCUAUACGUGAGAUUGACUUCACAAAGAAGCGGAUGCAGCAGGAGUUUGAGGAUAAGCUGGAAGUGGAGCAGCAGAGCAAGAGGCAGCUGGAACGCAGACUUACAGAUCUGCAGGCAGAUAAUGACGAGUCACAGAGAACGCUGCAGCAGCUGAAAAAGAAGUGCCAGAGGCUGACGGCUGAGCUACAAGACACCAAGCUCCACUUAGAAGGGCACCAGGGACGCAAUCAUGAACUAGAGAAGAAGCAGCGAAGGUUUGACACUGAGCUGGCACAGGCACAAGAUGAGGCGCAAAGGGAGAAGGUACUGAAAGAAAAGCUGAGCCGAGAAAAGGACAUUCUCACUUCUGAGGUGUUCAGCUUACGACAGCAGCUGGAGGAGAAAGACUCUGAGAUUUUAGUCCUCACACAUAAGGUUGAUCAGCUGGAGGUAGAACUUCAGGAUAUCUCCUCUCAGGAGUCCAAGGAUGAGGCUUCUCUUGCAAAAGUUAAGAAACAGCUCCGAGAUUUGGAAGCGAAAGUCAAAGACCAAGAAGAAGAACUUGAUGAGCAAGCAGGAAGCAUUCAGAUGCUGGAGCAGUCUAAAUUACGCUUGGAGAUGGAGAUGGAACGGCUCAGGCAGUCACACUCCAAGGAACUUGAGAACAAAGAUGAAGAAGUGGAGGAGAUUCGGCAGUCGUGUCAGAAAAAGCUGAAGCAGAUGGAAGUUCAAUUAGAAGAGGAAUAUGAGGACAAACAGAAGGUCCUGAGAGAGAAGAGAGACCUGGAAAGCCGAUUAAAUUCUGUUAGCGAACAGGUCAGUCACCGUGACUUUGAAACUGAGAAACGCCUGCGAAAGGACCUGAAGAGAACAAAAGCUCUGCUUGUCGAUGCUCAGAUCAUGCUGGACCACUUGAAGAACAAUGCUCCUAGCAAACGAGAGAUUGCGCAACUAAGGAGUCAGCUGGAAGAAUCUGAAUUCACUUGCGCAGCUGCAGUAAAGUCUCGAAAAUCUAUGGAGGUUGAAAUGGAGGAUCUCCAUCUUCAAAUCGAUGAUCUUUCAAAAGCGAAGACAGCGAUGGAGGAGCAAAUCAGCCGUGUGCAGAGGGAGAAGAAUGAUUUACAGAGCAGAAUGGAGGAGGACCAGGAGGAUAUGAACGAGCUGAUGAAGAAACAAAAGGCAGCUGUAGCUCAGUCCUCCCGAGACUUGGCUCAGAUCAAUGACCUGCAGACGCAACUUGAGGAAGCCAGCAAAGAGAAGCAAGAGAUGCAGGAGAAGUUACAAGGUUUGCAGAGUCAGCUGGAGUUCUUGGAGCAGUCCAUGGUGGAUAAAUCUGUGGUGAGCAGACAGGAGGCCAAAAUCCGGGAACUGGAAACCCGCCUGGAAUUUGAGAGGACACAAGUGAAACGCAUGGAGAGCCUGGUAACCCGACUGAAGGAGAACAUUGAGAAGCUGACUGAAGAGCGGGAUCAGCGAGCCGCAGCAGAGAACCGUGAAAAAGAGCAGAAUAAAAGAAUGCAGCGGCAGAUCAGAGACAUGAAGGAAGAGAUGAGUGAACUGGCCAAGAAAGAGGCAGAAGCCAGCCGUAAAAAACAUGAAUUGGACAUGGAUCUAGAAAGUUUGGAAGCUGCAAAUCAGAGUUUGCAGUCAGACCUGAAAUUAGCCUUCAAACGUAUCGGAGAUCUUCAAGCUGCCAUUGAGGAUGAGAUGGAAAGUGAUGACAAUGAAGACCUCAUCAACAGUUUACAGGAUAUGGUGACCAAGUAUCAUAAGCGCAAGAAUAAAAAUGAUGGAGACUCAGAUGCAGACUCUGAACUUGAUGAACGAGUGGAUGGAGUGAAGUCAUGGCUGUCCAAAAACAAAAAUUCUUCCAAAGCCUACUCAGAUGAUGGUAGUUUAAAGAGCUCUAGACUUAGCCAGAGCACAGAAUUGAAGGAGGGAAAAGAAGGAAAAGAACUAAAGCCUGUCAAACAAGGCAAAGACGUGGAUGAAAGGCCAGUGUCUGUAAUGAGCUCUCUCAGCUAUAGAAAAAGGGCAAACAUUAAGGACUCUAUAGGUGGUAAAGGUGAUGAGGAUUCUUUAUUUUCCACUUUGAAAGAUAGAUCUGAGUCUCCAGAUAGGUCAUUCCGUAAAGUUCAGAAGGAUCCUUCAGGAAGUGCACUUGAUGAUACACUGUCUGUUACUUCUUGGAGAAAAUCUCAAGGUAGUGAAGACCUGGAUGAUAGGUCAUCAUUGGUGUCUCAGGCAUUUACAGAAGCAUCUAGUCGAGCCAGAAAGGGACUUGACAAGAGGUGGUCCAUAGCAAGCCCCGAGUUUGAUAAAGUGUCUGUAGUUUCCAGUCGCCUCUCUAAUAGGCGCGGUCUAGAAGAUGAAGAUGAAACCAAAUCAUCACUGAGCUUUGGCAUUACUAGUCCACCUAGUCUAAGACGUAGCACUUCCAAAUUAGAUGAAUCCCGCAAUGACUUGUCAGCUGUAAGUCCUUCACUCAGCAGGCGCUCAGAAUUCAGAAGUCCAACGCUAGCCAACCGCUCCGACACUCGUUUGUCUAUGGCCAGAAGCACACUAGAUGAUUUUGAUGACUCUGUUAGCAUUGGGUUUAGUGAUACUCGGUCGUUGUAUAGUCAGCACUCCUCUGGACGUAGUUUUUCAGUACCUCCACAGGCUAGAACCCCAGGUGCAGAAGAUAUUGAACUAGAAAGUAGAGAUCUACAGCCUGUUUCACACCGCAACUACUUAGAUCCAGACCUCGAGGCUGCAAUCAAUGAGGUUCUAAGCUACAAGCCUAUAAAGUUCAAGAGGAAAAGUCUUGAUCCUGAUUCAGAUGAUGAUGACACAAAAAGUGUAAGAAGUAUGAAGAGCUUACAUGCAGAGAAAGGAGAGUCCUCUUUAGGACUCAAGAGGUCAGCGUCUGCUUUAGACUUCUCCAGGGCCUCUAGCAGACGAAGUAGAACUCGGAAGAGUAGUUCUGAUUCCAGCUCUGAAGAGGAACGCAAAAAGAAGAGUUCUAAAAAACAUUCUAAGAAGUCCAAAAAGAAAUCUAAAAAGAAGCGAUCCGAGUCCUCUUCCUCUUCAUCAUCUUCAGAAUCCGAUUCCUCCUCAGGCUCUACAGUAUCUUACCGUAGUGGAGGUAGUGUGAAAAAGGGGCCGAAAAGUAAAGACUAUGAAAAUGAAGAAGAGCCUCAGGGGGACAAGAAAGAUGGGAAAAAUGGCAAAAAGACUAAAAAGGAAGAUAAGAAAAGGAAGAAACAAGUUGACAGUCUGAUGAUGAAAUAUUUAUACCGGCCAGAAAGUGAUUAAGACAGUAGGUGUUUGCCUCCCUCCAACCUAUAGGAAACCUUUAAGCUAUGACAGAGGGGAUGAUGAGCAGGACAACUUUGAAAGCACAAUCCGAUCGAAAUAUUCCUCACGGAGCUACCUGAGCGACAGCGACACAGAAACCAAAUCUUC